AUGUCGCAAUCCGCACAAACCACUUUACGAAAUAAACCACUUUUCAGAAUAACGGAAAAUUCCACCGACUCUAUUUCUACGAAUUCCGUUUUACAAAUCGCGUUGGAUAUCGAUGAUUACGAUGAAGAUCUUUAUGAGCUUACGAUCUAUAAACCAGCACAAAUCGAACGAAAAAAUUUGAAAAAUCAAAUUAGCGAUGAUAAAAAAGACGCAGCAUCCAAAUUCCGUUCAUCGAUAUAUCGAUUCAUAGAGAAACUGCGCAGGCUCAAAACUGAAUUUGUGGAUGAUGAGGAUAGAAUUUAUAUCUCGGGACUUUUACUGGCUUUGGAAUUGUGCUAUUCGUCAUCUCAGAAGUUGGCUUUACCAAAUGUAUUUUAG